AUGAGUCGUAAACCCCGUUCUGUUAGUUCAACCGACCAUGGAUUGAGUGAAUUACUGUGUCUUUUCGACCAAGUUACUUCGGCAAUAGAGUUAUUCGCUCCAUGCACGUCUCAGCCCUUUGCACAAAGGCAAAUUAACCCAUUGCUCGAAGCUCUUCCGAUUCCAGACCUGCAUUUCUACAGAAACGGGCCUGAGGACCAUCUAGGUCCGUCAACAACCCAACUACUCCAUCUCUUGCCAAUAUAA